AUGGAGGAUCUUCGUGCCGUAAUUAUGGCCGAGAUCAAACAGCUGAAAGCUAGACAAGGGGGAGGAAGACUAGAAGAGGUAAUGAGAGAAGCCAAUACCACGCCACUGACUCAUCACAUGGCCAAAGCCCUUAUCCCUCAAAAAUGUCUCGUCCUAGCGUUUGAAUGUUAUGAUGGAUCCAGCGACCCGGCAGCUCAUCUUCGUUACUAUAAUCGCGUUCUAGCCCGAUGGGACCAAAAUGAUGAUGUAAUUUGCAGAUACUUUCCUUCAAGCUUAAAGGGGUCGGCAUUGUCUUGGUUUGACAACCUCCCACCCAACUCCAUCGAUUCCUACAGCCAUCUCACUAAGAAAUUCUUAAGAACAUACAUGUACAACAAGGCUGUCAACGCAGGGAUGGACAAGCUCUUUUCGCUGGCAAAAGCUUACAAAGUUACGAUCAUGGAGUAUACCGACAGAUGUCACAAGAUUUUUCAGGCUAUAGGGAACGUAGAUCCGGCGGUCAGCGUUAAUUGUUACAAGUGGGGCCUAGAUAGCAUGAGCCCAUUGUCUGUCGACAUACAUGAAAGUUUACCGACAACCGAAGGGGAUCUUCGAAUCAUCAUCGAGAAACAUGCUCGUCUAGAAGAAAUUCAGUGCGAAAAUCUGACGGCCCAAACACAGAGAUCCCAUCGGACCAACUCAGCUGAACAAGCCAGAGGAUCUAAAAGAGUUAACUCAGUGGAACGGUCACACGAAGAAGGAAGAGGACGAAGAGAUGAUCGUCGGUGGGACGAUCGAAAAUUUGAAGACCAAGUCUUCACCAAGAUGAAUACCAAUUAUGCUCGCAUACUACGAGAAUUUAAGGAUCGAGAAGGCCUGAAAUGGCCUUGGUCCAAAGGGAAACAGUCCCCGAGAUCAGAAAAAUCAAGAGACUACUGCGAGUACCAUUGCUUCAAUGGGCAUCAAACCGAAAAAUGA